AUGCAGAGGCAGCCAACUGCUCCAUAUUUGGCUUCUAUUACACAUUUACAUACUGGAGAAGAGAGGAGCGAGCUUCUAUACCGCAGACAUCAUUUCUACUACAGUUGGUGAGGAGACAUCUGUGUCACAGCGCGGGAGGAGAGAAAUAGCACAGUGUUGUUGUUGUGUUUUUUCCUCCUUUUUAAAUAUUACAAAACCCCCAAGCCCUUGCGAUCAGCUGGCAAGAUAUUGUGAGUCCUUUUUUUUUUUGGUCCGUCCCGUUCUCCAACCCCACUGACACUUUACAGUAAGUGGCUUUUUAAAGGAAAAAAGACCAUCCUCUGCUUUCGCUUCUCUUUCUCCACUCCCCUGACCCCUCCUCGAUUGCAAACCUCCAGAGAUUUCCAGCUUGGAGGCGGCGGCGGCGGCGAGGAAAAACACACCGACACAAGUGAUACGCUGUUGGAAGAGGGGGACAGGAGGGACUGCGAUGCGCUGUCACCCUGAAAGUAUCUCCCUUUGCUCGAGCCCCGUCCCCGCAUCUUCCCCCCCAUCCCGUGCUGAGGAGGCUGGAGGUGUAGGAGGAAGGGGAAGCCAGGCCAGGAAGCGAUCGGCGUGCUGUGUGUGCAAGCGAGAGGCGGGCCGGUGUGGGGAGGAGGAGGAGGGUAUGGUACCGCUGGCUGGAGUCGGUGUAUAUGCGAGAAAUGCCCCCCCCACCCCCGCUUAUGCAAGCAAAGAAACCGAAAGAAGUGUUCUUCCCUUCCCUUCCCCCUCUCCUCGCCGGUAUUCGGCUUGCUUUCCUCGCUCCCUUCGAGUGUAUUUGCCUGCGUGUGCACUGGUGUCAGCUGUGCGUUUGCUGCGCCCUGAGAGGCGCUGGCGAGGGAGCCCGGCCGAGGGCGAGUGCGCCGAGUUCACACAGGGCCUGGGUUUUGUGUGUCCCGAAGCAACGCCCUCCUCCGCCGCCGCCGCUGUCUGGCUGGAGCUGCGUCCCCUCUUGCUGCCGCCGCCGCCGCCGCCGCCGCUCCUGAAGGCCGGCUCAGCUGCUGUGGGCCAGCGGAGCAUUGCGCGCCCUCCCUCUCCUCUCCUCUCCCCCCGCCACCGCCGCCUGGCUUCAUAGUAGGGAGGGCCGGUCCUCGUUGCACUGUGUAGUACGGGGCUGGGUGGUUGCCGGAGGGGUGAAUGAAGCGAGGAGGCGGAGGCGGAGGAGGCGGCGGCGGCGGCGGCGGCGCUGGGACUGGGAUGUGCCCGGCAGCGGCAGCAGCAAGCAGCAGCAGCAGCUCCUCUUCCACUAUGCUCCUACAUUCAGGGCCCAGGUCGGCUGCAGACUCCUCCGGGCACUUCAGGCAGGGGUCGCUGAGUGAGUGAAGGCCACUGCCGGGCACCCGGAGAGGAGGUAGGGGGUCCUUUGGACGGGGAGGCCUGCGCUCCCCCUUCUCUUCACCUUGACACCAUCCUCCAAAAGGCAGCUCCUGCUGUUUUCCUCUCGCCUUCCUCCAGGCUUUCCCGGCAAAGAAAAUACGCACAGUCCAGUUUCUCCAAGAGAUUUCUCUCGAGAUUCUUUCUGGUUUCCAGGAACGGAUGGGUUCAUCUCUGGACAUGGCAAGAUUCCCCUUUUUAAAUCGGGGGAGGGAGGGGGGGAGAUAGAUUUCUGAGCCUGACACUGUUUGCAAUUUGUUACAUGCCUCCAGUGCCCUGCUGCCCUCUCCGUCUCGUUCAAAAAUAUGUAUUUUUUAAAAAGUUAAGCUCGCUUUAAUUUUUUCAAAGCAUGAAUAAUCUGCCUGCAUAAUUGUAUUUCUCUAAAGAAGCGGUUGAGUUUUUUUCUAGAUACGUUGGCAGCUACUGGAAUACGAGCAAGGAAAAUAACAUAACAUUAAAAAGGCAGUAUUGAAUAUGUUUGGGGGUUUUGUUUUUUUUAAAAAAGCAGGUAAAAUUAUGAGAGAGCAAUGAUAGAAAAGAGCAAAUUCAAAGCUUGUUAUAUAAUGCCACACUAUGUGGACAACAAGAACAAGCUAUUUUUAUUUUGUUUACCGUAUGGUAUGCAAUAGGGACUCUUCCAAAAUAAUAUUUCUCCCCUGUGAUUCUGAAUCCAUGGUACAAUUGGAGGGGAGCAGAAGCCCACAACUUGACAUGUUAUGCAAAAUACUGCUUUGCACAAUUAUCUGUUUAUGCACUCGCUUACACAUGCAAUUGUGCAGAUGCAUCCCUUGAGUUUGUGGAUCCUCUUAUCUUUCAAUAUGGAUAGAAAAUAUUUCACAAUACAGGUAAUUAAAUAUUUAGUGGUUCCUCUUAUAUAUUUUAUGCAGCUAAGAGUUAGUUACAUAUGUUUGAAUAUAGACAGUUACUUUGCUGACAUUUUAGGCAGUCCUGUUUCAGUUUCUGAUGAAACACUUAACAGCAAAUUCAGAUUUCCUCUGUGACUGGAUUUGUUUGUCUGGCUGGUGAGGACAGCCUAGUUUUAUUGCUCUCAGGAACAGGGGUUAUGAAUGAGGAAGAGAUAAUUGAAAGAGAGAGAGAGGCUGUAUUGCUAGAGUUAUUUUGAGCAACUAAGAAGCAUACAUUUUCAUACGAGGCUGUCAUUUUUAUCUUUCCUUAAAAAAAAUUGCAGGUCAGUUUUGUUAAAUAGAUGGCUUUACUCUCAUCACUUGUGUAAUGCAGGACAAAAAACUGAUAGAUUUUCUACAGCUUGCUCUGUGUGUGUGUGUGUGUGUGUGUGCGCGCACACGCGAGUGAUCAUGUAGAGACAUGUCAAUGGUGUAGGUUUUCAGUGCACUCACUAGCCCUGAUCAGUCAUGUAAUUAGAUCGGGCUGCCAUGGUAACAGACAGUAUUCAUCGUCCAUUCAGGUGCGUUUUUUUUCUAGUGACUGGGAUACCUCAAAUGGUGCCUUUACUGCAGGGAUGAGCAACUUGUUAAGCUGUGUGUUUUGUGUGCUGCAGCUUUUUUUUUUUGCAUUUGAUUUACAUAAUUUGCAUGUGAUUUGAAAUGGAAGGUGUCAGUUGCUGCUGCACGUAACAGCACUUCUGUCAUAUCAGUAGCAGUUUGUACUUUGAGUCAGAAGUUGCAGUUCUUAAGCUUUUCUGUAGAUGGUUAGUAAUUAUUUGAGAUGUUUGCUAACACUUUUUAGUAGUGAACAUAACGUCAGAGAGAGAAAUGGUCUUGUUGCUCCACCUCCUGCCCUGUAAAAUUCUGCAUGGUGGGGGCUUUUUCCUCUAUCAACUUUGGGACAUGUAUGGGGCAGCUAGUUCCCUUUGCAGCUGUAAUAGGUUAGCUAAAGGGCCUGUUUAUGAUAGAUAGCAUGCCCUAUUACCUUUUAAAAACGUGGAGAAGCUUCUUUAUCUCUCCAACCACAGUUGCUGUCUGUGUGUGAAGUUUGGUAUUUUCAAAGUAAGAAACCCUCUGUGACAUCUUCUGUUUAGUGGGCCACCCAAGAGUGCUUGGAAUGACGACUAAAAAUGUGACAGUUGUUUAUUUGAAAACAGCAAGAACAGGAUUUUCUUUAAAAUGUGAGAUUCAAUUGCUAAUAGUGUUUUCAAUUUUUUGUCUUCUCUAUCAUGAACUCUUCCCUCCUGCCCAUAAAACCCUCUUUUUUUAGGAUUUAAACUAGAUCCUUUAGGGACUAAAGGAAUCUGGCCCUCACACUGAAAUUGAUUUCCUACAUGCUUUUGAGACAUAUGUUGAUCAUAUGUUUAUAGUAUGAAUGGUUGUACCUUGUGCGUAUUUGUAAAAAGCUAUGCACCUUUGCAUUACAACUAUGUAUAAACUGUUCAAAGCAUCCAAAUACUGCAGGAUCAUAAGGGGUUCCAGUCCUAAAAAAAAAAGGUGCAGAAGUAUGAACUUGCUGUUUCCUGGAAUGAGUCUUCUGGCCAUGCUGUUAUAUGACUGACUUUUACAUCCCAGUUUCUGAAAUUUUCACCAAGUUUGACAAUAAUGCAUAGUCUUAAAAGUAAUUAAUUGUCUUUGAUAACAUGCUUCUAGUCUUUGUUUUUAAUCCCCGAAAACGUAAGGAAGUUAAUCCUGAAUCAUGUCGGUUCAUUUUCCCACAAAUAGAUUUUGGUUAGAUAGACAGUGAAAUUUGCAUAAAGAUAACAUGGGUGUGUGGUGUUAAGUGAGCCAGGAAAUAUUUGUGCUUCUUAAAGCUGCUUCAGAAUUUAUAUUGAAACAUUUCUAUUGCAGUCUGGUGCUUUUGGUUGAGUGUUAAACUAUUUUAAGGCAAGAGUUGCAUGUAAAGCUUGGAAAGUAUUUAGAAGCUGAAGAGACUGGGGUUUUUUUUAGUUUGCAAGUUUGCAACUUAGAAUGACAGAACUUAAUAAAUUAAGGUUAGUGCUAAAUGCACUGGCACGAAUGGGACUUCAUUUUGUUAUGGGAUAUUUCCAAUGUCCUCUCGAGAAAAAGUUUAGAGAAAAUAAAACCAACUUGAACUCCAAAUUAUUUUAUUGUUAGUGCUUAGGUAAUUGGUCAGUGGUUUUUUGUUUAAAAUUUAGUUUCACUUUUUUAAUGAUAACAUUAAAUGGAGGAAACAGCAAAGGCCUUUUACUGUUAAUGCAUUUAAAAUGUAAAAUAAAAAUACUUCAGUAUUGAAAAUGGUUUAUAUUUUCACAUUGCCAUUUCCAGGAUAUAUUUAACAGACAAAUUUUGCCACACUCAAAAGUUGAAUUACUGUGUCAUCAAACAAAUUGUUCAGAGAUAAAAUGGAAAGAAAAUCAAAACAAAACAUCAAAGUAAUAUAAACCAUUAAUAGUUCUAAGAUUGGAAAUAUUUGUAAUGUAGUACCUUUCCCCCCCAGUAUUUUAGCUCAUGUACUACAAAUAUGUUCAUAGUCUCUGAUGGAGUGCAGCUGAACUGGCAGGUUUCACUUUGUCUGCCAAGCCUCAUCUGAUUGGCUUUUGGGAGCAGUUUCUCACACUGAGAAGGCCCAAAUCUUUCAUGCAGCCAGCAGCCUGGGCAGUGCUAUAAAGGAAAGCUGCAUGUAGUUUCCAGUCUGCACCACCUUCUCUUCAAUUUUUGUUUUGGGCCAGUGUGUCCGAGCCACUAGACCGAAAACAGAAGGCGGACAAGAAUGUAGUAUGGAAAGUGAAACAGCCGUAUAGAAUUAAUGGCACAGAAUGUGAGUCUCUGUAUUGCAUAAUGGGAGUAUUGGUACAUCUUGUUGUAUGCUGAUUUGUUUAUAAUGCGAGGCUUUAUGUGCUUCCAGGAAUGCUUUAGAUGUGUGAUUGAGAUGUCUGGAAAGCCAAUUGCAUGUUUCCCCCCUGGAGCUCAUUAUGGAAACAUUAACCAAAAGGGCUUUUAUUUUAAAGGAUAUUAUGUAAAACCGCUCCCCAACUUAUUUUUUAAAUCACAUCAAAUGUAUUUUACAGUAGAACAAGCUAUCUUGUGAAAUGCGACACAUGAUCUGGUUCUUUGCUUGCUGACAGCCAGAGGCAAUACUUACUUUGGUGUCGGUGGGAGCAAGAGCAGACCUCACUUUUCCUUUCCUUUGCUGCCAUAAUAGUGAAUGUUGUCUGAAAUAUUUGCUAGCUUCGAAGCAUAAUUCGGUAAGAGGCUCUGCCUGUGGGACAUGUUGAGCAUUUUCUUGAGUUCUUCACUGGACUUACGAGCUGUUGAGUGAUUAAGUGUUUAAAUGCAAUUUGUGCAUUUAGUUCAAAUAACAGGGAGACUACUAUACUGUUCCCACUUACCUGGGAGCAAUCAUCAAUGACUAGGGCCGUCUUCUAAGUAGAUCAGUAUAGGAUUUUGCUGUAGGCUGGGCCUUUUAUUGGGGACAAAUGUGAAUUGUAUAGAAACUCCACCACCAUACUGUGACAGAGAUAAGCUGGGAAUACUUUAUUAUCCCCAAAGGGAGAUUUACUGUGAUAUUUAAAUUGUAAGCAACAACAACGCCAAACCCUUUCCAGUUACAGCUUUUGGGCUGCUUUUAUCUAUGUGUCAAAAUACACAGUAUCAACAUUACGUUGAUAUGUCUGGAAUAUGACAUGGAAAAAUGCCAUUCUAAAUUCAUAUUUUGUUUUGUUUAAGAUAAUAAACUUUUACAUAUGAAACCACAAUGUUAUUUCAUUAAAUAACAAAAUGUGUAUACUUUACUGAUUGAUUGUAAUAAAACCUCUGAGCAGGUUGCAAGAAAUAUUAAAAUUAUAAAAAACGGUUUAAAAGCAAGUGUUUAAAACAUUUUUAACACAUGCAGACUUUUUCAUGGGAGUUUGUAAAACUCAAAUUUUUUUACUCAUGCUCCCCAGUAUCAAUUUAGAUACUAUCUAAUGUGAGUAUCUUUUAAAAUUGACAUUGGUGGCAUUAAUUCCACUUUUUUUUUUUUUACAAAGAAAACGGUCAUAGUGAUUUAAUGAUCCAUUGGAUCUUUUCCAAUGUAAUUCCACCAAGAAACAUAUGAAAUUCAUCCAAAUUAAGCAGAGAAAUGAGGGGUGUAAGGCAGAGGUGAGGAACCUGUGGCUUUCCAGAACUUACUGAACAUAAAUCCAAUCAUUCCCGACUACUGGCCAUGCUGGCUUCGGCUAAUGGAAAUCGAAAGGCCACAGUCUUCCCAUCUUGUGUGUAAGAUAUGGAGGUGUGUACGGGUUGAUAGACCCACAAUUUCUAUAAGAAAAAGUUUAGCUCUUCCUUUUGCUGUCCAGGGAAACAUGAGUGGUGUGUGUCUUGCAAAAUAGUGUGGUAGAAAAAGGAACAUACCUGCUUCCUGUUCUGAUAAUUAAUGCAAUUUAUUUCAUAUAAUUUUCUGAAAUAUAAUUUAUUUCAUGCAGUUUUCUGAUAAUUGCAUGAAAGAGGACCUUGCCAUACACUCUCCUGCCUGUGAGUUGAGAUCUGCCAUCACCAAUAAAAAUCCACUUGUCCAGAACUUGGUGUAGGCCAGGGAAUUCUUAGUGGUGGCGUCCCAGCCAUCUGAUGGGUUUUUCUCCUUUGUCAGACCUCUGAUGAACAGCAGUGGUCUAUAUUUUAGAAUGUAGAUGGACAAAACGACUUGUAUACUUAAUUCUAAAUAAGGGGUUGUACAGUUGUGAAAAUGUUGUUGGAUUGUUUUGCAUGAUUUGAUCCCUUGUCACCCUCCCUAAGGGGGUUUCAUCCGAAAGCUUGUGCAUCCCAACAGAGAAGUAAACCUUUUAAUGUAUAAUGACAUUUUAUUACUUAAAAAUUGCUCUCCCGUUGGGUGUGUUAAUUAUAUUUUGAGAUAAGGUGGUGUAUGGUUUAUUUUAAAAAUAAUAUUAAUAUGUAUAGAGAACUUAAAAAUAUAUAUGGUAUACAGUACAAAUCCACUUGUUUGUGACUUGUUUUCUGACACUUUCUUUGUUUUAAAGGGGUGGCUCCUACAUUCCUUGUUCUGUAAGAUGAGACACUGCCCCAUCCUAGUCCUUUAGCUGGUAUUGUGCUGUAACUCCAGUAGCAUCAUGCAGCUGGUACAAGUCCUCUUAGGCCGCUUGUCAUUUUUGAUCCGUGACUGGAUGCUAACAGAUACUAGUCAGGUAGAAAUAGGUCAAUGCAGCUGACUCUGUGAUGGCCAAAAUGCCUUAAAGAGAAUGUGUAGGUGAAUUGUCCCUGCAUUUGUAUCUGCUGUGCCCUCUCUGCCUAAUGCUGCACUCUCCACAGGGUUGAAUGCCAUUGCUGUGUGGCAUCUGACAAUAUAGGCUGUUCUUAUGCCAUCCCAAUACAAUUCAUCACCAUGUGUUGACAUAUCUGAGCGUUUUGUAUAUCCAAAAUGCUUAUUUUUUGGUAAUAGUUCAUUGGACAGGGGCUUUCACAUGCCACAGGUCAGCCUGCUCCAAAGUAGAUAACCAGUGCUACAUGUGAAACAUUGCGAAAACUUUGUGAAUGCUCGUGUAUAGCUUCUGUGGUACUUUACUGCAUUCUUUUAGUCGAAGUGCAGCUGACUGUCGUCUGCUCUCCCACUGGGUUAUAUUCUGACUUGCAGGACAUUCAUUGUUUUGUGCUGCACCCUAUCAUCAAGGCUUUAUAGCUAGAAAGAGAGAACUGUGUUAAAAUGUAAUUAAAAUCAGGCUAAAUAAAAUAAAAUGUGCAAAAAAGAGAGCCUGUCAUGCUUCUAAAAACAGGAGUGAUGUAAAAGUUAGGAAAUGAAAAAUGAAUCUAGAGUUCUGCGUAUGAUUCAUUUUUAUUUUCAUUUGGCUUUAGGAGUCUUAAAUCGUAAGGUUUUGUGGAAUCUGGCUUUCAAGCAAAUUUCUGCAACUCUUUGUUAGAAAACUUAGGUAUUUGCUCUCUAAGGUUGGUGUCUGAAAAGUUUUACUGAAUCCAGUAUCCUUUCCAAGAGACAGAAAGCUGUUUUCCAAAAAUACGUUCGGAUUCCUUUUUGAACAAAUGUCUAGGCCCCAUUUUUAAGCAGCAAAAAACCCUGUCAGUUCAAUUUCCAGAGGGCAAGUUACAGUAUUAGCCUCUUGCAGCAAAUAUAGCAGAAUCUUGUGGCACUUUAAAACUGUUAUAUUUACAGUGGCAUACAUUUUCUGCAGCACAUUUCAACAGGUAAAAGUUAUUCUGCACAGUCAAAAACAGGCCUCAGAUUUUUGCUAGAAGUGUCCUUGCACUUUAUUCAUGAGUGGGUGAAUUAACGGUUGUUUUUUUCCUCCCUUCUCUUCAGUUUUUGGAUCAACAGCCACAACAACAAUCUAAGCUCUGAGUUUCUUCGGCCUCCUUGAUAAGAGAUCCAACACCACAGUAUAUAUCUUCAACUUUGAAAGGUGCUAUGUAAAUAAGGUGAGAAUUAAAAAUCUUAAAUAUCUUAUGUUAAUGUGCCACACAUAUCUUAUAGAUAACCUUAUACUGAGGUGGACAUAGUUAACUUUUUAUAUACCUCCUAUUCAUUUGAUUUUUGUAUAUAAAAUAUUUUUUACUACUCAGUCCUGGGAGUUGCACACAAACUGUAGCAUCUGAAAUCUUUAAUAUUUCCUCCCACUUUCUGAUUCUUCCAAGCAAAAUCCACCCUUUAUGAUUUUGUUGUUGCCAUUGAUUUCUGCUAUAAGUGGUAGUGUCAUUUGUUCUGAUGGGGGGGGGGAGGAAAUUUCUUUUAAAAUGUAUAAACUUAAAGGUUUAAUUUCAUGUUUUAAAUUGCUUGUUAGUUCAUCUCCUGGAGGUUGAGUUUAAAAUCACCCUCUGUACUAGCGGUGACCUUAAAAUUAGACUAGAAACCUGAUCAACCACAAAUACUGAAUAUGAAUGAAAAAAUAGCAGCAUUUUGACCUGUAUCAGGUGAAGCAUAAAUAACAGAACUCUUGUUUGCAUUUUACUGGCUUUUAAGUUGUGUGAAUAUCACACCCUCAGAAUGAUUCCAGCUUCCUAUUUUUGUCUUCUAAUGACUUUGCUUUAAAAUGUUAUGUUUUUGGUUUAUAAUAUCACAAUAUCAGUUACUGUUGACUGAAGUACCUCCCUUCUACAGCCAUUACUGUUUUAAUAUGGUUUAACUAACAUAAGCAAAAUUCAAAGUGGUGAAGUGUGAAGAACUUGUAUAAACCCAUGACUAUAGUAGUCUUCUUGUGAAAAUCUGAUAAAGCUAUCAUUGGAAGAGCUUUUUAAAAUAUGCAGAAUGUCUUACUGAAUUACACAGUGCAUAAUUUGCAUUUUAUUGUGGCUGUGAGCUGGGGUGUUGCUCUUUAAAGGAGAGUCAUUUCAACAACCAGCUGCAUGUAAAGACAUGCACUUUACGGUCCAUGGUAUGUAGCUGGAAUGGAGGAGGUGUAUUUAAAUCAUGCCACUUAGGAGCAUUACUCUUUCUGAAUGAUUAAUGCCAGACAAAACACUUUGAUACUUUCACGUUAAUACACUUCGUUGUUUUAGGAAGGAAAAUUGCACAAUGAAUAACAGAUCAUCAGGUGGGAUAAGCUGUGCUGUAGUAGUGUUAAUGUUUAUUCGGAGCCAGCAGCAGUGUGUUUUUGACAUAAACUGCGCUUGCCAGUUGCUUAUCACUGCUGGGCUCCUGGGGGUGACUGGGAUACCCCUGUGUUGCACACUGCAGGUAGGCUAAUGCUGCUCUUGUGUGGAUACCUAUAGCAGUGUGCACAGGAGGGCAGUGCUAUUGGUUCAGGUUCCCAUAGGCUUCCAUAAAAACUCAGUGUGAAUUUUCGCACAUCCCCUCUCAACUCCCCAAUCAGUUGACAGUGCCAGCUGGGAUUUUACAGUUUGCACUACUACACUGCUUGCUGCAGCUUGGAGCACUACAUAUUUGUGUUUAAUUGUCGUAGCAGUGUUUUUGUUUGUUACGAUGUCUGGCGUAGAGAAGCCUCAUAUUUAAUAUAAUUUUUUUUUCUUCCUAAUAUUAAUCAAGCCUAAGUGACUUGUGAAAGCCUGCAGUUCAUUGUUUGAAAUGUAUUACAACAUUUAGUAUUUCCAUUUCCUGCAUCUUAAACCAAUAUUGUAAACAUUAAGAGAACAUUUUGCAGGGAUAGUUGAAUAUUGUGGGCAAACCCAUCAGUGGUAAUGGUGGCUUUUCUAAGGAAAAGGUGGGUGGACUUGGAAUUGCUUAUCUAGGCACAUUCAUGUUUGUUUGCUAAUUCUUUUACAUAAGCCUGACAAGAAUAUAGUACUGCCCUGUACCAUUCUGGGUAGUCUAUAAUAAUUCUUGCAAACUUUGCAAAGCUCUGAUCUACUCAGAUGAAAAGUGCCCAGAGCAUGUUAAAAUAUUUUUUUUAAUGGAAUAAUGAAGAUUGCCCAAUUUAGUUCUACUCAGAGUAGAUCCAUUGACAUUAAUAGGCAUGUAAAUUAAUACAGUGGUACCUCAGGUUACAUACGCUUCAGGUUACAUACGCUUCAGGUUACAGACUCCGCUAACCCAGAAAUAUUACCUCGGGUUAAGAACUUUGCUUCAGGAUGAGAACAGAAAUCGUGCUACGGCGGCAGCGGGAGGCCCCAUUAGCUAAAGUGGUGCUUCAGGUUAAGAACAGUCUCAGGUUAAGAACGGACCUCCAGAACGAAUUAAGUACUUACCCUGAGGUACCACUGUAAUGUAGACUCAAUGAAAUAAAUCAUGUAAAUAUUAAUUUCAUUGGGUUUACUCUGCAUAGAACGUACAGUGGUACUUAAUUCGUUCUGGAGGUCCGUUCAUAACCUGAAACUGUUCUUAACCUGAAGCAUCACUUUAGCUAAUGGGGCCUCCUGCUGCCGCCGCGCUGCCGGAGCCCGAUUUCUGUUCUUAUCCUGAAGCAAAGUUCUUAAUCUGAAGCACUAUUUCUGAGUUAGCGGAGUGUGUAACCUGUAGCGUAUGUAACCUGAGGUACCACUGUAGUUGGAGAGUACCCUGAGAGGAAGCUUUGCUGAAAUGGGACUGUGUAUGUUUAUGCUGAACAGACAGUAGGCACUGACAGCUUCAGCACUGAAGCUCACCUGUUUAAGGGCAAUUGAUCCAGAAACCUCUUCUCUCUCACCCUCACCCCUUCUCCCUUCAUUAACUGAGUGGUGCGGUGAGUACUGAACAUCUUGAAUUCUUUUCAUGCAUGAAGGGCCUGGAUGGCUAUAUUAAGUACUUUUUGGAGUUGAUUUUCUUAAGCUCAAAUUCUAUAGUCAUUAUUUACUCUGUCGUGCAUUUAUGAACUAACAUUUGAGUUAACAAGAUCAACUACAGAUGUACCUCACUCCCAGUUUGAGGGAUUGAUGUAGUCUCCAGAGCAACUUUUUCUGGUCCCUUCAUGACCCCACUGAUUUUAAUUUGCUGGCAAUAAAAAAAAAAUCUAGACAGUGCCAGGGAAGGCGGAGCCUAAUGUCGUGAUGGGGAUGCUAAACACCCCCACCCUGGCCAUGAUCUGUCUGCUUGUGUGUGUGCAAGCUUGUGAGAGUGCAGGGUGUAGGGUGGCCACACCCAGUUUCGCCAAACUCAGCAUUGGUAUUUGACUCUCAGAGGGUUGGCCAUGGGACAAUGGGGUCAUUUGGGACAAACAAUUGUAGCCACCUCCUGCUCUACUGACUAUUGUAGAACACUUGAUCUACAAUGAAGGAACUUGUGCUUUUAUUUAUUUUCAGUCAAGUAGAUCAGUAACUAUUAUAAGCCUGUUCCCUGGGCUGCUGUAUAAAGGUAUAGGUAUAUCUUUUUCCCAAUGUUGUGUAAGAUUUGUGAAACCUGGACUGGAAAAAUCACAGCCGAUGUUAUAGUUCCAAGAGUACGCAUGACUUCUCAUUUAGAACCACUAUAACGUAGUCAUUAGGAGUGAGGAGACCUAGGUUCACAUCCCUACUUGACUGUGGGCUAGUCACUUUCUCAUCCUAACCUAUGCCACUGGGUGGCUGUGAGGAUAAGCAGGAGAGGAAAGAAUAUUGGAUGGUGCUUUGAGCUUGGAGGAAAGUUGAUGUAGUUGAUGAUGAUAAUUUAGGCAAAUGGCUUAGUGCUUUGCUUUACACUUGUUGUUCAAAGAAGAUUCUGUGUGAGAUACUGGGCAUUUUGGCAACGUGUAAUGCCUAACAAAUUAUAUUGUAUAAUUUAUUUGACUUGGUUUUGUAGCUAUUGCUUUCUUUUUGUAAAUAUUUACCAAUGCAGCUUGUUUUCAUGGAGUUGUUAAAUGUGUGUAUGGUGAGUUAGAGAAUAUGUAUUUAAAAUAGUGAUUUUUUGUUUUUGUUUUUGCAAUUGUGGGGAAGAUAUCAGUGCCCCCUGCUGUCUGUUGGAGAGCAGCAUUUGUUGUCCUUAGCAGCAAUGUUUUGUUAAUGUCUUUUACUUUCAAUGUACAAUACAUAACCUGAAGGGGGAAGGAGGAAAACAAUUUUGAUUUAAAAAAAAAUAGACCUGAAAGUAUCAGAAGAAUCAAAUUCAAAUUUGACUUCUGUGUAAAUAGAUAGUAAUUAGAGGUGUGUGGUUUUUUUAAUGAGUUUCCUGCUGAAUUAUAAGAAUAAAUGUAGUAGUUGGGAGUGAAGAACUGACUGACAGUGAUGGCUCUUGUUUGUUGAAAUAUUGUACUUCAUGAACUCAAUUCCUGAUCAUGAAUGGUUUAACAAUUGGGACAUAUUUGAGAACCUUAUAUUUAUUUUACGAAUUCAAAGCCUUUAGAAGCUAGAUUUGAUUUAUAUGUUUCCCUACACUUUGUGAUUUUGAAAAGUAAAAUUAAGCCACUUAGAUAAAAUAAUUGACUGACUGUUCUCCGGGUAUUUUGAGCCUUUGUUUUAGAGGUGAAGGCCAUUUUAUUCCAGGUACUUGUUUAAUAUUUGUUGUAGUUUUACGUCUGUUACAGCAUUGUAAUUUAACAACCUAAGAAGAAACCCGUUAGAUCAGAUCAAAAGGUCCACUUUUCUGUUUCCUACCAUAGCCAACCAGAUGCCUUUUGGAAGCCUACAACUAGGAAUCAGGAAUACAAAAGCCCUCCAUCAUUGUUGCCUUCCAGCAACUAGUUUUCACUGGCAUGCUUCCCCUAAAAAUGCAUAUUCCAUAAAGCCAUAAUGACUAGUAGCCAUUGACAGAGCAAUCCUGCAUUAAUUUGUCUAAUGCCCAUCACCACAUAUUUAGGCUUUGAAUUCUGUAAUGUGUUAUGUAAAUUACUUUCUUUAGUCUGUCCUGAAUCCACUUCCAAUUGGUUUGAUUAGAUGACACCAAAUUCUACUAUUAUAUUAGAAGAAUAACUUAUCUCUACCCACUUUUUCUGCAUCCUGCAUAGUUGUAUAAACCUUUAACAAAUCUUUCCCCUCCCACCCGCACUCAACUUCUUCCUGAACUAAAAGUCCUAAACCUCAUAACAUUUCUUUAUUGCAGCCCCAUAAUCAUUUUGCUUGCCAUUUCCCGCCCUUCUUUCAACUCUUCAAUAAAGUUUAUGAAAUGGUAUGAUCAGAACCAAACAGUAUUCCAGUUUUGGCUGCAUCAAAUAUUUGCAUAAGAGCAUUAUGAUACUGUAAGUUAUAUUUUCACCUCCUUUUCCAAUAAUCACUACCAUCAAACUGUCCUCCUGCAUCACUGCCACACGUUGCUGACCACAGUGACAUAUUUGCAUGUGCACAUCUCUGUUGAGUAUCACAGUCCUGGCUGCAAUUAAUUACAUCUUCACUCUCGCCUUCUUGUGCCCCUAUAUUUCAAUUACCCACUUCUGGAAAUCUCAUAGCCAAGAUAUGGGUUCUUACCUAUAGGGUCUAGGCUUAGUUAUGGCAUAGAGAUAAACCCCUAACCCCUGUGGUUGUUGUUGUUGUUACAGUAAUGAAAUGUUAUAUUUAGUAUUUCAGCAAAUUAAUAUAGCUGCCCAGGAAGAAAUAUCACCUAGACUGCUUACAGGCAAACAAAACAAUGCUAAAAAAAUUACAAUAUAUCACAAUUAAAAUCAGCAAAAAACAAUGAAAGCAAAAAACUAAAUAAAUAUGGAGCUGGCAUAUUAGCUGAAGUUAAUAAAAGGUGCUUUUGGCCACAGAUCCUCCUUGAGUUUCUAAUGACAAUGCUGGAUCCAAAAGCCCUACCCCCCUCCAGUCUGUGAACUGGAAUAUUUAGGAGAAGUGUAACUCCUUCCAGAACCGGUUGAAUGCUGUUCUCUUAGAACCACCCAUCAGCAGUACCACAGUCUUGUCUGGAUUGAUUCUCAGUUUGUUCAUUCUUGUUUUUAAAUAACUUUUUAUUGGGUUUUAUAGACAAGGAUCCUAAGAAUAAUAAAUGAUACAAACAUAGGCACCACUCUGCAAAGAACAAAGGGGAGGCCUUCAACCCUUGAUGUUACUGAAAGCCACUGAGUGGUCCAAAAGAACCAACACAUUCACACUUUUCCUGUCUCUCUCAAGGCAAAGAUUAUCCCAUUGAGCAACCCAAGGCAGUUUCUAUCCCAAGCCUGGGCCUGUGAUUUGAAAUGAUUUCAGAUAAUGUGCUUAAUCCAGGAGUGACUGGAGUUUACCAGCCGCUCAUAAAGUGGAUAGGCCCUUGAUAACUUGAGAUUCUUCAUAAGGUCCGUAUGAAUGAUCCAGUGACCUGAUUAUGUGAAUGAUAUAUGUAAAUAUUAAGAAUUUAGAUGUAGUGCUUUCUGUUGUGGGUAGAAUGGACCUAGGGGAAAUUCUGCAUGGUAACACACUGUGUUGCAUUAUUUCAUACAACUGAAUCUAAAGCUUAUUCUCAACAUGCCUCUUGUAGUUAAAAAUGGUGCACAUCUAACCAUAUACAGUAUUUUAUUUUCUGACUAGGAGGCUCUAGUUCUCACAUGUGGCUAAGGAGAAGCCCCUCCUCUUAGAAGUGGAGUGUCCUCUGCUUCAGAGAAAUAAUUACUUCUCAAUUCCCAUUUGAUAAUUCCCUCUUUAUUUUCUGAUGAGUUACUUAAUAGUGACGGGAUUGUUGAGCAGACUGCGUUUAAUCUGAGCUUCAGAAGCUUCUGAAUGGGUCUGGGGAUAUCAUGCUAUGUGUUUUUAUGCUGUUUAGUCUUGCCAUGAGAAUACUUAAACUGGUGGAAGGCAAGUAAACAGUUGAUAACAGUGAAUAAUGCUAUUAAUGAGUGCCCCGUCUCUUAAAUCAAAGCUGGCACUAUGGAUUUUGUUUUCUGUUUUGCCUGUGUGUUAAAUAGGUGCCAUGUAAAAUUCAGUACAUAAGGAUGUGAGGGCGAUCUGGCUGUGACAUCUGUCACCCCAUUGAUCUUCAGAGUUGAUUCUGCUAAAAGCAGUUGCAAUGCUUGUACAUUUUAGAAAUAAAAAUGGUGCAAUAAUUGUAGCGUUGCACCCAUCUGUGUGCAGAUUCCCAUUUCUCUUGUUUCUCUGCCCUUGAAUAGUUGGAAAACUGGGAUGUUUUGCAACAUUUUGGUUGCUUUGUGUUAGAUCAUUAUAAAAUAUUACUUACUCCAGCAUUUUGUAGUUUUCAGCAGUGCUUUAUCCUUUGGUCCUUACAUUUCUCUCCUCAUUCCUGACAGUUAUGGCCAGUCAGAUUCAUUUCUGCUUGAGGAGUGAAUCAUGGUUUUCAGGGUCUCUUAUUGCAUGCAAGCAGAGCAGAGAGCAUGAGUUCAGCAUUUUUAUGACUAUUUGCCAAGACAGUUAAAAAAUAAUAAUCUGGUAUGUUUUUGCAGUGGUUUCUUGUGAAAAAAAGUACAGAUGUGGUGAUUGGCUAAAAAAAGAAAGAUGAGUUUUUACAUUUUUCUUGAUCAGAAAUAGUUUGACUACUCAAUACAGACAAGAAGCAUAUUCUGUGAGUUGGCUUAUACCGCAUUGCAUCAUUUGACAGAUCAGAAGUGUACAGCACAGAUGGAAACUGAUAUUUUUUCUGAAUUCUUAAGACUAACCUAGUGAUCUAAACUGAAACCCAGUUAACACAGAUUCCGCAUAAAUGGUCUGUUUUUAAGCAGCCACCAACCUGGAUGCAUGAAACAACUUGGUGUAACCAUGCUCACGGAAGCAUUUAUGGUGGGUAAGGAAGAAGUACCAUCCAUCAACACAAACAUUAUUUCUGGUGGGGGCUUUUUUAUUGGCACAAGUGCUAAAUGGGUAGCUUGUGGCUGUGCUGCUUAGUUGUGCAUGCACCCCUGGCAGGAGUUAAAAAAUGAAACACAGGCAGACAGCGAUGGAUAUGACGCCUUUGCGAUUCAAGAGCUUGUGCAAAAAUGUUAACCAGAUGUAGUUUACAGAAACAUAAUAGCUGUGCACAAUAAAUUUUGUGCUUUUGAUAACUAAAAUAUUCCCCAGUAUCAAAGUAAGGACUGAGCCUUUAGUCUUUCCGAACAUACAGAGCUCUGGAGUUUCUAGAACAGGGCAAGCAACUUUCUUUUGUGUGUCUCCACCUCUCUUGUGGGGUAAGCUAUACUGUGCAUCUUUGGUGUGUUUCAGAAAAAUGCAGGAGAAGUAAAUUAAAAUGAUUGGCUUGUAUUACGUUUCCCUCCAGAUAGCACUGUGUAUAUUAAGUUGAAGCCACGAAUAUGUUUUUAAUAACAGAAAUAGACAUAGAAAAAGCAUUUUUCUUAUAUUAAACAGAGCCAGACAAUAUACUCCCUUGUCAAAAAUACAGCUUGUGUGGAAUGUUAUUUAGGAGAAAAGGAAUGGGAGAGAUGCAAACCAAGUGACACUUCACCAACAUUUAUAACAGCCAGGCAUACUGGAAAGUGCUUAGAGCUUUUUAAAAUAGCUUUUGCUUGCAUGAGUAUUCUAACAAGUAGUUUUGCAUUGCAUAUGUUGUACCUACCAGAGCCUUAUGCUCCUUAUUUUUCUUAAUGUGUCUUGUAUAUCUUUUUUUUAAAAAAACAAUACGCUCAUAGGCAGAAGUUAAAUGCAGAAGCUAGAUGAAGUACUGCAGGUUCACACUGGUGAGUUAUAAGGAACCAUGCUUGUAAAGUGAGGUGGGGUUGCUGGAAUGGCAAACCUCCACUUGAGCCAAGAUCUCUGCUGGGAGUCAGGGCUGUGCUGGUUUGUAGGCAAAACAAAUUAACCGCUGUUAUGCUUGGUGACUUGAAAAUAAUUUAUUCUCUGAUAAUGAUGAGUAUCUUUUCUUCUCUCUGGGCCACUAAUACGGAGGAUAUUUCUGUUUAACUUGGCAAAACUAUUCGAAGAAGGGAUUGGGUGAAACAUAAGGUCGUAUCUUAUUAUCCUGUCCUCCCCUUUUCCACACUAGAUAUCUAAUUGCUAAUAACUUACUUUCCCUUGCUGAUAUGGACACUGUAUACAGACAUAUGAUGAACAAAUUCUGCUUUUUUCAGGGUCAUUACUUUCGUAGUGUGGUUCAAGUGCACGCACAUAUACAUGGCCUCGUCUGUGGCCCUGGGUUAACUGAAGGAUUUGUAAAGCUGUCAGCAUUUCUGCAGAACUGUAACUGCUUGCUUUUCUUAUUAGCAAUAAAGGGGUUCCAAGUCUGCAUUUCAUACGAUUCGUCUUUCAUUCCAGGAACCUUGCCACUCCCACUUUACUCAUGGGAAAAGCUUUUUAUAUUUGCACGUACACAUUCCUCUGAAACUUGCUGGGAUUUUUAAAAUGUUGCACAUCCUUCCAGACUUUUUCUUUCCUUUUCUUUCUGUUCCAGUUUUCUUUUUUGUUCCACUUCUGUGGCUGCUAAGUACAACGUGUCUUUUACAGUAUAAGUGUUUUUUUAAACAACAGCAGCAACAACAACAAUAACAUGCAUUCUGUAUCAGUACCACAUCAGCGAGUCAUGCGUUUAAUUCACUAGCAAUUUGGAAGUUCGAAACCUGAUUGGUUAAAACUUAGCUGGUGGAUGGGAAGCAACUCAUGGUGGCCAAGUGUUCUGAGCAGUGGCUCUUAUUCCAGAAGCAGCAACAAUAGGCUUUCCUAUGAAAAAUCAUGGACCAUGGACCAGCUAUAGCAUGGAUGUUGAAAGAGGCAGAGGCAGCAGUAGUUUGUGGUACUCCCUGUGUAACAGGUGGAGAACUGGAUCCAGCCUAUGGACCAGGUCCUUAUCUCCCCCACAUACCCUCAUGGGCCAACUUUGACAGGUGGACUUAUUAUUAUGGUGCCAGGGGAUGGACAUGAGAUGAUUCACACUUGUUAUUCAAAGUGCAAAGUUAUUCAUGAGUGCUUAAAGCAGCCCCCUUUGAAGACCUGCUACCAGAGCCAAUCAUCUGAUUGGUUCUAGGAAUGCGUCUUCAAAGAGGUUCCCUGGGACCACUGACCAGCUGAUUGACAGUUAGUCCUUUUGAAGGGGGGAAAUGUUCCUAAAACCAGAGCAUUUUCUUCUCAGAAUAAGCAGGUUGCAUUUAACAUACUCCCUCCAGUUGAAUACAAAUUUCUUUCUCCAGCCCCCUUGGCUGCACUAGAGAACCUUGAAAACUCUCCAAUGUUGCCAUUCCCAGCUGAUUGUUGGUAUUUUGUCACACCCUGACAACCAGCUGCUUGUGGGGGGGGGGGAGGAGUGGAACCAGGCAGCAGAAAAAUCUGGAAGCAGCUACAGGUAUCCUAGUUGCUUCUUUCUGAUGUUUUCCAGACUGAGGGUGUAUAGGCAUUAGAACUAUGACAGGCAGAGGCGUAGGAUUGGUUCUCCUGGAUCACGUGACUGCCAAACUCAGAGGGGUUAUUCUGGCAGGUGGUGGUUUCUCUGAUGUGAAAUCUCUUCUCUUGGCUGAGCUGCCACUUUUCCCUGCCCCACAUCUGACAUAAUUUAUGGCAUCAGGUGUAGGGCAGAUGAGUCUGGCUUUGCCAAAAUGGCCUGAUGGGCAUAAUUAGGCCCAUGGACCAGAGGUUUUCCCCAUCGCUGCUGACACAAGAACAGGAGGGCAUUGGACCUUAGUGUAGUCAUUGCCAGGCCUUAGGGCAAUCACUACCUCUUAGCUUAACCUCACUGGGUGGUUGUUAGGCUUAACAUCAGAAGGGGGAGCCAAGCAUGUACAUCACCUUGAACUUCUUGGAGGAAAAGUGGAAUAUUAAUGCAAAAUCAAAAACAGAGAAAAAUUGGUUGCUAUUUUAACAUGUGCAGUUGGGCUACAGUUAGCACCAAGGACAUGAAGCAUCUGAGCACUUGCUGAAUUACAUCCCAGUGGCUAAGUAGCAGAGAAUGUAUGCAGGGGAUGGGGGAGUCCAUAACUCACAUGUUGCACAGUGGAGGAACAUGGCAGAAUACAGUGAGGCUCGACAGUUCAGGGAACUCAGCAGACAGCAGAAAGAUCUGGAUGCAGCAAGAAUCAGCCUUGUGAUUUCCAAACUCAGGCUUGUUGCUUUUUCUGGUUGGUGGCAUUUUUGCCUGGUCUGAAAUGCUCUACAGUGUCCUAAUGGUUCAUAGUAUAGGACAAUGCUGGAUUGCAUCUUCUUGCCUGUUUAGCGUUCACUUUUCCAUUUAAACCAAAAUGCACAAAAACAGAGGAGUUAACAAAAAUGCUUUUUCAGGGAAAUUAUUAAUUGAUUUCAGUAAGACUUGUUUGCAAAUUCUGCAUUUAAAAGCCCAGGAGAACGUGAUGCAGAAGCUGGCGUCUUUGUGCUAAACCUAAGCAACUUCAGUUCAACCACUGGCAGCUUGCAGUAAGGUCACUCAUGUGUGGCCUUAGUUUCCCUUCAGUAAAAUGGAAAAUAGUUUUCUAGUUCUCAGGGUCAUGGCGAGGGUAAGAAGGGAAGAAAUGAUGUAAAUAAUUUUGCACUUGUAAAUUGCACCUGUCAAAAUAGCAAGGAUUUCUCAUACAUUUAAAAAGUCAUUCUCAAAAUUGGUUGCCGCAAUUACUGCACACAAUUACUACAAGAUAGAAAUUACUGGAGGAAAAGAUCCUUUCCCAGUUUGUUUGCAUUCUGCAUUUGAUAGCACUUUGUUUUGGUUUCACUUAUUGCCUGUAUUAUACGUUUUCUCUGGGGAGGAAGAAAUAAGACCUUGGCCUGGCCAAUGGGUGUAAUGCUGGAAAAUACUUAAGGUUUUUAAAAAACAUUAUUAGUUACCAUAUCACUAGAUUCUCUCUCAAAGCCAGUGUCCUUUUAAUCAGCAAACAGGCUUUAUUGCGUCUUCAAAAUAAUGAAAAGUUGAGCAAAGUUUUUGAAGAUGGGCAUCUGGCAAAAGCGUCUGUAUUUCCAUCUGCGAGUGGUUAGCAAAGUGUUUAUGAUAUUUAAAUAGCACAAGCCUUUUCUCACUUUUGUAUUUUAUUCUGGUGACCUGUUUCCUUGACAAAUGGUCUUUUUCAAUAGUUUUGUCCCAGGUAUUAUGAAAAUGUUUGGAAGAUGUUUGUUACAUAAUUAAGAGCUGGAAGGGACGUUAACUCCCUGACAGAAGUGAGAAUACUCCCCAAAGCCUGUACCCUUGUCAAAAGACUAUAGUUCAUAUCCUUGUUGUUGGCAUCCAUCCAUCAUUCUCUCUCUCUCUCUCUCUCUCUCUCUCUCUCUCUCUCCAAUGGAGUGCACCUCUGGUGGUUAAGUCAAGCCUCUGUGUUGGCAGAAUCAAAAUGACCUCCAUGAGUCACAAGCCUGGGCAGGGUGCAUGGAGGUCCUGGUCUGCCCAGACAACAAGACCCCCCCCCCACUUCCCGGCUUCGGUGACGUCCAAAGGAAAACAGAGCCACGAUUUUCAGCUGCUCAUGGCAUUGGGGGACAAACAGCAGACUUUACCCCGCACACUCCGACUUACAUGAGUGGAGCCUGGAAAGCAGAUCUGAGUGAGGACUUCUGCUCAGGUCUGCUCCUAGGGUUUAUUAAGGGGCCCAGACAUGCUUACCCUCACCCACAGGACCAGGCAGGAUUUUUUUUUAACUAACUGAUGGAAUGGCCAUAGUACAUGACUUGCUUGUUUUUGCCUACCUCAUAGCAAAAUUGUAAUGCUGCAUUUAUCCUAUGUCACAGCUUUGUAAGGGCAGAAGGGGCACUGGGCUGGAUCCAUAGAAGGGAUGUUGCGGAAAGACACCCGGCCCCAUCUCAAGGGGAGUUCUCUUGGAGGACGGUGCUGUCUGACCAGAAGGCCAGAUUGGGGGCUGAUGGGCCAUAGUGCCCCCUACCAUGUUGUCUCUAAGGGUUCCCCUGAAAAUAGUUCAUUCCAUAGGUAAAGGUAAAGGUCCAGUCAUGACCGACUCUGGGGUUGCGGCGCUCAUCUUGCUUUAUUGGCCGAGGGAGCCGGCAUACAGCUGGUCAUGUGGCCAGCAUGACAAAGCCGCUUCUGGCGAACCAGAGCAGCACACAGAAACGCCGUUUACCUUCCUGCCGGAGCGGUACCUAUUUUUCUACUUGCACUUUGACGUGCUUUCGAACUGCUAGGUUGGCAGGAGCAGGGACCGAGCAACGGGAGCUCACCCCGUCGUGGGGAUUCGAACCGCCGGCCUUCUGAUUAGCAAGUCCUAGGCUCUGUGGUUUAACCCACAGCGCCACCCACAUCAGUUCAUGCUAUAGUGGACCCUAAAUAUUAGACAUUCCCCUUUUGGUAUGACGGUGUAUCGAUCAGCACUUGGGCUGCUUGAUCAUUGGAUCCAUGUUCUGUGGCUAUGCCAAACUUGUUUCUCUUUAAUCAGUCAAUCAAACUGCGGCCUUAUUCCAUCCCAGAUAUGUCUCACGUUUGUCUUGUUCUGCUUCCCACCCCUGCAUUCACUGUGUAUGCCUGCAAGUGCACCCAAGUUCUGUCUGCUGUUUUCUUACCAUUUUUGUUGCAUUCCAGGACUGUCCUCUCUCCCCACCCCCCAAAUUUUUUUUAUUCGCCUUGAGGUGUGGUGACCCAAAUUGGACACUGUUCCCCAUAGUAAAUAAAUUAGAAGGAAUUCCUAAGUGGUAGCAGUCAGAAGACUAGCAAAGAACAGGUCUGUCAAAGUGCUUUUCUUUUCUUUCCAACCUAGAAAAUGCAGUAGAAAGCAGUAGAAGGAGCCACAGGCAGGGGUGCUUUGCUACUUAUGGUCUAUGUUACAUGCAGAUGUGCUUCCUUACUGCAAAGCAGCAUCAGGUCAGCGUAACCCCGUAGGGAAACAGUGGGGUGUACGGGAUGUGCUUAAACAUUUCCCUUUCAGCUGCCUCCUCAAUUUUAGGUCUCCCAAACUGCUUUUUCCCAUCUAGAGUGUCCCAGUUGCGUGUUUACUUUGCAAACACACAUCUAGAAGAACAUUAUGAGGGGGGAAAGUCCACCCUUUUUUCAAUCUGUUACAAAUUGCCUCUGACCAUUGGUAUUUGAAUACACACAAAUGCUUUUUCCUGUUUGACUCUCAGUAGCUUGGUUAGGGACAGCUGCGGUUAUUUGCAAUAGGCAAGCCGCUGACUUAAACCCAAGCCUUCUAUUUCUCCAGGUGUUUAGGCUGCUGGCAUAGGUCUUGCUUGCAUCCAAGGAGGCUGUCUGCUUUUGCAGCGGGGGCAACCUGUUCUUCCCCCAGCAGCCCUCUGCAGGCCCUCAUAGUCUGCCCCAGGACACUGGAGGAUCCUUUGGAGCAGAUUUUGCAGGUGCACUGAUUGAAGACAAGGCGGUGAAGUCCUGCCACAUGAGCCGGGGCAGCCCAUCAAUAAGGCACAGUGAAACCAUUUGCCACUGGUGGCAAAUCUGACUGCUGCCAUUGUGCCACUGCCAGCCCUGCCAAGGCUUCUCCCAUGAUGCCACCACUGUGCCACUGCCAUUGUGCCCUCACUGCUGCUUCUGUGCUGUGGGCACAGCCACAGGCGAUGUUGCGGUGGUGGGGCUGGUGGCAACAUUGGGGCAAGUGGGGGCUCAGAUCUGCCUGAUGUGGGUGCGGGGGCAGCAUCAGGGCGGUAUCCCAACAGCAGCCCUGACAUGAGCAAUGUUGCAUUCCUUACAUUAAUUUUUUAUUUAUUUCUCUGCUCCGCCUCCCCCAUGUCUAAAUACUAUUUUAGGGCCAUUUCUGUUCCUUUGGUUUGUUUGUUUCAGAUAUAAACUCUCUUCUGACUACUUGUCUGUAUAGGUUUUACAACCAUAAGGUUCUCUAUGCAAAAGGAAAUGUAUGUCUGCAAAACAUGUAAGUGCACUGUAUGCAUGUUAGCUUAUUUGUUCAAGUAUGAAUGAAUGAAUUUAUUAAUACGGUCACAGACCAGCGCCAACACACACAACAUCACAGAUCAUAAAAAAUACAUAUAAAAAAUACAAAGGGCAAUAUAAGUAUAACAAGCAUUUAAAUAUAAAAAAUUUAAAUUAAUUAUUAUUAAUUAAAAAAUUUAAAUUAAUUAUUAUUAAUUAAAAAUUAAAAUUAAUUAUUAGCAUGCCCCCUGCUAUCAACACUUGGGGGUUUGGUCACCAUGGGAUACCACUUGCUUCCUGCGACUAAUUGCAGCCGCACAGAAUUUGGCUACAUUUAAUGUAGUCUUAGUAUUCUUGUCCUCUAGCAGCGGUUCCAAACCAUGGUGUUCCGACUCCUUCCCGGACUUCCGCAAAACAGGAGCAAUAAAAAUCGAACGUAUGUCCUCAUAAAAACGACAACGCAACAGUACAUGUGCAGCAGUCUCAGCCUCCAACGAGCCACAGGGGCAGACCCGCGCUGGUUCAAGUAUGUAGUCAGGUCAUAGACAGAAGUGAAACAAAGGCCUGGAUUGUUAUAUAUCACCACCUGACCAGCAGUAUUUUUUGAGAUUGUGCAGCAUAUUCUGGGAUAGUACCUUAAAAUAUUAUUUCACAUUACAUGCAAGUUCACUACCUGUGGAAAGAAUACUGCUGAACUCAUGAAGGCAUUUUGUUACGCUUGUUUGUAGAGGAAGAGACAUGACAUGUGAGGCGUGGUCUUUUAAGAUUUUGAUCUGAUAUUUAUGCAGGGAUAGAAGAGAUUAAACUUGACAAGGCAAUGAUUUCUGUGAAAGGAAAUGCACUCUGCUACAAUGUAUUUCAAUUAAUUGACUGUGAUUUUAUGUAAACUGUGCUAUUUUUACUGUUGUUAGCUGCUCUGAGCCUGGCUUUGGCUGGGGAGGGCGGGAUAUAAAUAAAAUUUUAUUACUAUUAUUAUUGUUAUUACUACUUUGGUUAUUAUGUCUCAUUGAUUACAUAAACGUAUACUCUGCUUUUCCCCUCAAAAAGGAGUUGCUUGAAUCAGCAGAAAUAUACAGUGUCCAAACCAAGGGAAGUAAUAAUACUGCUAUAUUCUGUCUUGGUCAGACCACACCUGGAGUACUGUGUCCAGGUCUAGGCACCACAGUUUAAGAAAUAAAUUGACAAGCUGAAUUGUGUGCAGAGGAGGGCGACCAAGUCUUAUCAGGAACUGUUGAGGGCGUUGGGUAUGUUGAGCCUGAAGAAGAGGAGAUGCAAUAGUCACCUUCAAAUAUCUAAAGGGCUGUCACAUGGAAGACAGUGUGAUCUUGUUUCUCCUGCUCUGGAGGGUAGGACCUGAAGCUAUGGCUUCAAGUUUCAAGAAAGGAGAUUCCAACUAAACAUCAGAAAGAACUUUCUGAUAGUAAGAGCUGUUGGACAGUGGAAGGCCUCCCUUGGGAGGUGGUGGAUUCUACUUCCUGGGAGGUUUUUAAGCAGAGGUUAGAUGGCCAGCUGUCAUGGAUGCUUUAGUUGAGAUUUCUGCAUUUCAGGGGGUUGGACUAGAUGACCCUCGGGGUCCCUUCCAACUGUACAAUUCUGUGAUGCUAGAGUGCAAAAUACAAAACAAACAUAAAAAUGUGGUCCAUUGUCAAAACACAUUUACCAGACUACAGCAGAAUACAGAGAGCCGAAACUCCCAUUUGUGUAUUUUUGAUUCAUCGCAUACUAUUUAUGCUGCUGUAUUGAAAGCUUGUAUAGAUUUGUAGGAGAAAGCAAGCUCUCAGCUAUACAAUCACAGCACAUUACUAUUAAGACACCCACAUGUAAUAAAAAUAACAGCUCUAACUAAGCAUGAGAACUUAAUUUAAAAGGACUACAUAGAUAACCAUAUCUGUUGUGUACCAUCUUAGUAAAAUGUUAAAAUUGAGUAUGGUUUUUUUUGGGGGGGGAAAUAAUAAUAAUGAAGAAAUUGCAACAAAUAACUGCUUUUCCAUAAAACAUACAGGGACCUGAUGGUUAAAAUGGCUAUCAAAUGUAGUGUGAAUAUGAAACAAAUAUAUCACCUUAAGCACUCUAAAUGCAACUGAUAUCCCAGUAUGAAUAGCACUCUAUGAAAAGAAUAAAUAUGUCUUGCAGCUGGGAACUAGAAUAAACUGUUUCAAGGUGAAAGAGGAGCAGUAUUAUAAGGGUACACACAAAAGAAAUUUUAUACAGAUGUUUUAAGAGCUGCUUUUUCCAGUCAGGGUUGUUGAAAUUGCAAGUCAGGAGCAAUAUUACUGCUUCACUGAAAAUUGUUCCAAAUACUUUAGAUAGCACAGGAAAUGUGUUCUCACAUACUUGACAUUUAAAUAUUAAUACUAAUACCAAAACCUUUUGACCACAAAGAAAUGCUGGAGCAAGAUUUGGAAAGGAGAUCUUUUUGAUCAGGUGAAGUAGUAUCAUUUUAUGACAGAGUUGUCUGUAUUUUUGAUCAUUUUGUCACUUGAAGAAACUACAAAAUAUAUAGUAAAACCAAGAAUUUGUUUUUGCCUCCUGCACCCUCAACUGGAUAUGCUUCUUUUGAAAAACGAUGAAUAAGCACUAAUUACCCCAACCAGUAUUUUUCAUUUGCUGUUAUCUUUAGCUUGCCACAAAGAGGUUUGUAGACUUUUCAAAUACUGUUUUUGAGAUGGGUGUGGUUAAAAGAUGCCUUCCCCGAAGAUGCUUCUCUGGUUGCAUUUCUCUAAUGUUUUUCUUUGGGCAAUGAUAAUUGAAGAAGGGAAGGAGUGACAAGUACUUUCUUCCCUUCUAUAAUUUAUUAUUUCCUUUGCAGAAUUACAUGCUGCACUAAUAACAAAAAUCAGAAACAUUGUACAAUACAAUUUCCUCAAUGUAGUUUUAAAAAAGACGGGGAGGUUUUUUGCUGCUUGGCAGCCAGCUGAAAGCUUGCUUUGGGGUGGUUUUCCAGAAAUCUGGGUGCCUGUAGCCUCCAGUCAUAAUAAUGGCAUGACUAUUGCCACAGCCAAUCAGGAAAGGGGAGGGGAAACAUGAUGAGAUGGCUGGAAACAUUGGAUGGCAUUCAACUAUGUUUUACUGAGUAACUCCGUUGAAACAAAUGGAACUAACUUGGUCAUUUUCAUUACCCUUAAUGGAUCUACUCUGGGUAAAACUUAGUUGAAUAUCUCUAACUAUUUUGUUAGCUUUAAGCAUUUGCCACAUGACACACACCAACUUCAUAGCAUCAGGUUAUUUGUAGUGGGAGCAAUACAGUACACCUGUCAAAAAUUGGAAAGCUUUCUCCAUAUAUUCCAGUUUUCAAAUAGUGUGUAUGUGUGCCAUAGGAUAUAUUGCCCCUGAUUAAAAGUAGUCACAUGCUAAAAGAUCUCAAACUUGGGAUAGAAGGUCCUUAUGAACUCAGUGCAUAUGGUAGUGACCAUCCUUGCCUUGUGAAGAGGCCUCUAGCCUGGCCAUAAUGUAUAAUAGAUGAUGAUGAUGAUAAUGUAUAAAAACAAUCUUAAAUACAUUUUCCUGUCCAAUGAACUCCCUUAUUUUAUUUUGUCAAGCGGUUAUCUUGUGGAAGCAAGGCCAGUCAGUGAGGUUACAGUUCUAGUGAUGACUGGGAUAUUUGGAAGGAUAUAGAUGGAAUAUGUUUCUGUCCCUCCUAGUGAUGUAUACCAGACAUCCAUUCUAAACCAUUACAUAACCUCUUCAUUCACUAUGUGGUAUAGAGCAAUAUAUUUGUUAUUGUGCCUUUUGUCCCAAAAGGAAGCACAGGGAAGCUAACAACACAAAACAGUACAAUAAAAAUAGCUUUAAAUAAUACUUCUCUAACACCAAUCAAAGGCCUGAGUGAGUAGGUGAGUUUUCAGAUUGUAUCUGGACAUAGCCAGAGCGAGGGAAAAUCUGAUUUUACACAGAAGGGAAUUCCAUGGGGGCUCCUGCCACUGAGAAUGCCCUGUCUCAAUCUCAGAUGACCAUUCUCCUCUCCAGCACUGAUGCAACUAUGACCAGGACCUCUCACCCUCGUGGCAAAGUCUGUGUCGGAAGAUACUAGGGAAGAUGCUACUUCAAGUAUAUAGGCCCCAAAUCGUUACAUUUGAUGUGAAAGAGAGCAUUGGCUCUCCAAUCCCUAUAUCCCCACUUCACAAGUGUGGCUGGCAAUACUGUAGAGAAGCUCCAUGUGGUUUGUAGACCCAUCUGUAUGGCUGGAGCUGGCCAUAGUUCAUUUUGUUUUUGGUUGAAUUUGCCAUAGUUCAGUUGUUUUUGGUUGCAUCCUCAUAGCAGUUGUCAUUUGUACUCCAUUUAUCCACUUGUACCCUUUUUAUCAGCUUCUCUCUGCUCCUUGCAGAGAGUAAUUGGAGUAAUUGGAGUAAUUGGAAAUAUACUUGGUGAUAAUAACACAGGACUUUGCCACAAAGGCAGAGGGCAGUGUUCCAACAUUUUGUUGGAAAUAACGUACUUGCUGAAUGGAAAACACCGUCAUGGUGUUCAGUUGCGCCAGAAGCGGUUUAGUCAUGCUGACCACAUGACCUGGAAAACUGUCUGUGGACAAACGCCGGCUCCCUCGGCCUGAAGCGAGAUGAGCUCCGCACCGCAUAGUUGCCUUUGACUGGACUUAACCGUUCAGGGUUCCUUUACCUUUUAUCUUUAGUUUCUCUCAUCAUAACAUUCAGCCAGAUGAUGAGUUGCUUUAAUUCUAAUAGCAAAAUUUGCUAUUUCCUUUGCAAAAUUUGCAAUGUACUUCCCAACCAGAAUAACUUCACAAAUGGUUGUGUUUCCUGGCCUAUUAAAAUAUUUUAUGAAAUUUUACUUCUUGAGGCUAUUACAUCCCAGUCAUUGAGAGGCAUGCUGACAGAAUUUCUACUGGACAAAGCUUUGAUUCUUCAUUAUUGUCUUAAAAGUAGAAUAUAUGAAUUGCUACUACAGAUGUGAGUCAGAGGUAAGAGUCUAAUUAGUUAGCAUUUACUAAUAGUAGCUAUGUCUCUGUGGACUGCAGUUCACUAACAAGGCUUUAGUCAUAAAGUAGCAACUGCUAGCUUGGAUUAGAUAAUUCAUAGACUCAGAUUAAAAACCCAUAAGGAGACCAUUAUGAUGUCUGAGUCUGGCAUUGUAACAGCAUAAUGCAGGAUAUAGAACUUGGUAGUUAUUCCUAUAUUGUCCUUGUAAUUUCCAGUUGAGUUAAAAUAUAUGUUCCAGUACUUGAUUUGGAGAUCCUGAGUUACAGAGAAUCCCUUGCCACCAUAGUCUAGGCAGAUUGUUCUCCUGGCUAAUUAUUUUUUAGCAUGGAUUAACGAGCUCAUGGUCUCACAGAAAAAUCCCAUCAUACUAAAAAAAACACACCUUAGAAGCUGGCAUAUUUAAUAGAGUUUGUCUCUAUCAUUAUAGAAUGUUACAGCCUUUGCUGGCUGAAUGAAAUUCAUUCUCAAACUUACGCAGCAUUGUGUGAACUCAGUGGGAGCAGGCACAGGGUUCCGUAUUCAUGGAACAGAAAAUCAGUCUUAUGCAAAAGUGAUCAAAUUAAGAAAGAAAGCGAACAGGGCUUGUGACGGUUGGUAGCUGUAAUGAAUUAAAAAUGGCUCUAGGUGUUUAAUUUGGAGCUCACUGACACAGGUUGUCAUGAUGGUUCCAAAAUGUGGCACAGCCAAAAUUGUGUAAAUUUUGGAGUGCUACUUCAAAAGUUUUAAGUUCUGCUAUUUUCUGUGUUUGUUAAUGAAUGUGUUGCAGGUCCUUCCCAUGUAUCUCUCUCUCUCUCUCUCUCUCUCUCUCUCUCUGUGUGUGUGUGUGUGUUAUUCUUUGUUUGCAAAUCUAUGGUAUUUUCCUAGCAUUUGCUUCCCCCAUCUGUGUCUAUUUUUAAAACUUACAAUUCAAUCUUGUAGUAUAGAAGACAUUCUUAUUCCCAAUCUGUUUCUUCCCCACCCCAAGGGCUGCUUCUGUGAAAGCAUUUUUUUUCUGAAUGCCCACAUUUGAUGGUUUACACAAUGGAAUUAAGUAAAGAAUUGGGGCCUAAUAGAUUUUGCUUUUGUGGGGAGUGGGAGUUUACUGCUCCAGGCAGCAGAUUUUCACCGUUCGCAAUACAGCUUUGUCCUGUUUGCUCGGAACUUUAAAGAACAUGAAGUAAGAGCUUUUUCAGUGGUUACAUCUAUUCUGAUACAUGGAACAAGCUUUUUUCACAUCAUGAUGAGAAUUCACUGUAAAAAAAACAUGUAAUCCUAGCUAAGUAACUUCUGGAUGGUUAUAUUGUCUUCUAUAUCCCAAGGUAAACAACACGAUCAGUAACUUUCUAGCUAGUUAUAGGGACGAUUUAUAAAUGCAGCGUGCUCUAUGCCUUGUGCAGUAGUAUCAUUUUUCUUAACAGUAUGUAUUGAGGUCAAAUUGGUGAAAAACAGGAGUGGUUAAAUGUUAGCUGAGCUGUGUGAAUGUUAACGGAACUAAAGUAAUACUGAAACUAUUGUGGGAGUAAAAUGGUGGUGGUUUGGCAGAUAACAAGAGAGAAGAAAACAUUUUAUUGGGCUAUAAAUGUAUUUUUAAAAAAUGUUUGCAACACUGAAUGAAAAGUAAUCGUAGCAUAAUGUUGCUCAAGCUGAAUUUUCAGUUUGCCCCAAUCCUGCUUGCAUUUGUAACUUCAGUAAAAUGAUAGUUCUUUAUCUCUGAAUGUUAUCUCUGAAUGUGAUUAAAAGUAUCUUCAUACUCUUAUGACAUUUUGUAUAGUUUUGAAAGCAUUUUGCAUAUAUGUAGUAACUGAAUUUUAUAUUUAUUAUGCAGUCAUGUAUCACAUCUCUUAAAGUCACUGAAGUAUUGUGCUAGCAUUAUUUACAGGGUUUUUUUAAAAGCACUUGUUUUUCUGGAUAUUUGCUUUUAUGCAAAAGUUUAUGUUAAAAUUUGCAAUGGCUUCCUGGCUCUUAGAAAACUACUAUUUUUCCCCUCUAGUUAGAUAAAAUUGUUCAACUUUCAUAAACAAACAGCUCCUUCUACUUCAGAGAUGAACCCAAAAUGCUAUCAAACCAUUUUUGAGAAAGUUUAUAUCAGAAUUUGCAUUUUUACAUACUUCAUAGGAAGUAGCCAAGUAUAUUAAAUUGAAACUAUUAACUGUUGAUUUUGUGUGAAUGUUCCAACAUACAGUGGUACCUCAGGUUACAGAUGCUUCAGGUUACAAAUGCUUCAGGUUACAGACUCCGCUAACCCAGAAAUAGUACCUCGGGUUAAGAACUUUGCUUCAGGAUGAGAAUCAGAAAUUGCGCGGUGGUGGCGAGGCAGCAGCGGGAGGCCCCAUUAGCUAAAGUGGUGUCUCAAGUUAAGAACAGUUUCAGGUUAAGAACGGACCUCUGGAACGAAUAGUAUAGCAUAGUGUCUGUUUUUAUGAUUCCAUAUGUGAUUGGUUGCAUAUAAAUAAUGCAUAUAAAUAAAUGAAAUAUGUAUCAUUGUAGCUAAAUAUGCUAAAAUGAGUUCUGAAUGCAUGUGACACAGCUUUAUGCAGGCAAAAUGAGUGAAAUAGCUGGGUGAUUUCCUUCCUCCCGCCUCUGUGGAACAAAAAAAAAUUCAACAUUUUGUAGAGAUGCAAAUUGAAACACAUGACAGUACCUAUACAGUAUAUAAAUAUAGUGCUUGAAAAGAGCUACAAAGCUGUUCUUUCGUAAUAGAAUCCAACGUGUUUACUAGUUUUUGAAAAUGUGUGCACAUCAAAUAAAUCUCCAGUAUUUGGGCCAGAGUGUACCAGCAUUAUGCAAAGGGAAGAUUAACAGCACUCAGUAUAAAGCUAUGAUCCACUUUCCUCUUGAUUCCCAGACACUAUCAACCAAAUCAACAAAGAACUAAACUAGUGAAGAGGUCAUGUUCUUUGCUUCAUUUGCAUCAUUAUAAGGGGAAAGUCUGUCAUAAUAGAAAAUCUCACUGAAUCUAGUGAAUUACCUCUCAAUCAUGAUAGCACAUGUAGGAAGAUUAUAAUGGGAAUAAAAACAGCCAGGAUAGCAAGUGUGCCUCAAUACAAUGAAAGACAACACCAGACAUUCUGCAGCUAGUAGUUCUCUUCUAGGUCUUCUUCUGGUCAUUUCAGUCUGUGCGCUCAAGUCUCUGAUAACCCUUUGCUCUAAAGGGCCCAGUUACCCUUAAGGACAGUCCUGUGUGCAUGGCCUCAAAUGAUGUUAAUUGGGACAUCGUCACUUUUUCUCCUGUAUCCAAGGAGAGAGGUUAUUGGUAUUUGUCAUUCUGUACAUCCUCCCAUUGGAUGGGAAUAGGAUCAGUUGCCCCUAGUACUUAAUAUGAAUUCCUGGGUUCAAGAAAGAAAUUCAGCACAACAGUUGCCUCUCUCUAUCUUCUGGCCUGAAGGCUGGAAGGCAAGGAGGGAAGUGUGGCAGGAGAGGCAACCGCAAGGAGUGUCAGGGGCGGGGCAUGUCUCAGGUGUGGGAGACUUGAACACAAGCAGAGACUGCCUUGUGUUUUGUAUUGUUUAUUUUUAAGUGUUUCUGGUUCUACAUUGUCUUUUAUGGUGGUGUAUUUUAUUUUGUCGAGUUGCUUUGAAACAUUUUAUUUAUUAUAAAGCGACAGUUAAAUGUAAUAAAUUAUAAACAUUAUUUUUUAUUAUUAAUAGAGUAAGUGAACAGGUAGGGAGCCUCAAAAGAAAAAGGAUAAGGAGCUUAAAAAAGGAGCCUAAAAUUAAUGUGCAAAUAAUUUAUGUAAUAAUAUAAUGUGCUCAAUUUAUUUUGGUAUAUUGCUGCCCUCAUCACUGAGAGUGAACAAGAACUAUAUUAGGAGUGCUCAAUAGUAAAAUAAUACCAUUACAUAAAAAUAAACACAUUACAUCAAAUAGCUAAGCAAACUAUGUACAUCCCCUAAUCUUAAACCAAUGAAAAGACUUGAAAACAAGAAUUCUUAUUAGAAUUGGUGAGAGACCACUCCCUGAUUUGAUUUGAUUUUAAUGGGUUUUGUGUGUGCAUCUGUUUGCCUGUCUACAAUUUUGCAUCUUCUCUAUUUCAUAAAGAUAUCGCUUUAUUUCUCAGCAGAAAAUCAUUGCACCCUGGUUGGAUGUUUCAAGACUCAGUGGAUUUUUACAUCAAAGAAAAGUAGAAGAUCUGUGCAUUUAUUAA